CGUAUUUAGUGGAAGGAAGCAGGAGUGAGCAGCACAUGUUGAGAGUAGUGGCUCCAAGCACCCAUAUAUCUACACCACCAGUGACCCCAGGCGCCCAUAUAUCACAACUACCAGUGGCUCCAGGCGCCCAUAUAUCACCACUACCAGUGACGAUAAGAUAAUAUAAAGAACUCAAGAUGGGAAAAAUCAAGAAACUCAAAAAGUUGGGAGGAAAAGUGUCGCGGCCAUGUCCACUUGAUGAACAAUUGACACGUGAUGAACUCGCUCGACCCACUGGGCGCACAAAAAUUCGCAGUGAGAGGAAGGAUGGAGAUGAUGAAUAUGUUGAAGGACAGCUUGGAAGGAUCAUCCUCAAGCAGAGUGUCGCUCAACUUAAAGAAAUGGAAGAAGAGAUGGAGGAAGAGGAGUUUCCACCUUUGGGUGCACAACGUCCAAGAUUCACAAAAAGACCAACUGCAGUCAAAUUAAGCUCCAAGUCGGGGAAAGAUGGGGAGAGUGAAGAAAGCAGUGACGAAGAAGUUGAUGAAACACAUGCUGCGGUGCCUCAGAAUGUUGACAAAGUUGUUAAGGAGUUUGAAGAUGAACUUAAUUUGGCAGAGGAAGACAAGAAGGUUCUGGAACACUUCAUGAACAAGGAUGCCCUGCCUCAGAGGAAGCUGGCAGACUUGUUUAGAGACAAAAUCACAGAAAAGCAGACUGAAAUAAAGACACAAGUGGAUGCCAGUAGUAAGUUUUGCAGCUUAUUUAUUAUGUCUCCCAGCAUGGAUAACUUAUGGAUUUGUCAUGUUAUGUCACUUUCACCCGGUGAUUACUCCUAUGUUGUUAUACAUAUCCAGAUAAGUAACCUGCUGCUUCAUUGUUUUCAUUGCAAGGUUUUAACAAGUUUUCCUUUCAAUGUUUUUCCAGAUCCAGAUAAGUGGUCAGCUGCUGCAAUGUACCAAGCUGUUAGGAUAUUUGUCAGCAACCUUAAAGAAGCCAUGGCCCAACGUUUUUUUAACCUGGUUCUCUUACCACGUGUUCGUGAUGAUAUUUCUUUCUACAAACGGCUCAACUACCAUCUUUAUCAAGCAUUGUGUAAGGCCCUUUUUAAACCUGCUGCUUUCUUCAAGGGUGUCUUGUUGCCCUUAUGUAUGUCUGGCAACUGUACUCUGCGUGAGGCUGUGAUAGUGGGUUCUGUUCUGGCUAAGAACCACAUACCAAUACUUCAUUCAGCUGCAGCCAUCCUCAAGAUUGCCGAGAUGGAUUACACAGGACCAAAUUCCAUUUUUUUGAGAAUUUUCUUCGACAAAAAAUAUGCAUUACCAUACAGAGUAAUUGAUGCCUGUGUCUAUCACUAUCUCAAGUUUGAGCAUGACCGUCGGGAUCUUCCAGUUUUAUGGCACCAGUCUUUGAUAACUUUCAUUCAGCGCUAUAAGGAAGACCUUAGUCCAGAUCAGAAGCAAUCACUUUUGGAUGUUGUGAGGUUCCACACCCAUCAUGCCAUCACUGGAGAGAUAAGACGAGAACUUCUAAACUCCAAGUCCCGAGGUGAAGAUGACAGCAAGAUGGUGGUAGAAUAAUUAAUAUAUUGGCCGUGAAGAAAAGUAUCUUAAUACGCCUGUACUUCUGGCUAGAAGGAAUGUCACUGGUUUUCCUGACAUUUAAAUUUCACGUGUUAAUUUUACAAGAGAAUUUAUUAGAUUUUUAAUAGUUGUUGGUGAUUUGUAAUUAAAUUCUAAAAAUCUAAAA